UACGCGAUCUUUGGCCCCUAAGCAAAACGUUCCGGCGCGGGGAAUCAUGUGUGAAUUGUAAACACAUUGUAAACACCGCAGAAAAUUAAAAACCUGUUCUUAUCCGCAAAUAUGGUUAAAGUGACAGCAACAUUAGGAAUCAAUUCACCAAUUUUUAGAAAAUUAUAUGGCCAUGGAAGUAAAUGUCAGCCAGUACGACAUAAAAGUAUUUCAUCCUCUGGACAGCCACCACUCAAUGUUCCUCUACCAGGGCUUCCGACUCCUGUCUACAUAAGUGCAGAGCAAGCUGAUCACACACUGAAGAUGACAGUAUUAAAAAAUGGAAUGCGUGUUGCAACUAUCCCAUAUUUUGGAAACUAUUGUACUAUAGGAGUUAUCAUUGAUGCUGGAGCAAAACAUGCUGGUAACUAUGUUGGAGGAAUUACCCACAUGCUUGAAAAACUAGCAUUCAAUAGGACACUUGCUUAUGACAGCAAAGACAGUAUUUUAUUGGACUUGGAGAGGUACGGAGGAAUAUGUGACUGUCAGGCUGACAGGGACUUUAUCCUGUAUGCUGUUUCUGCAGAAAGCCAAUCUGUAGAUCCUGUUACUCGAAUAUUGGCUGAAACAGUAGUUCGUGCGAAGAUCACAGAAACGGAGUUGAGAAAUGCUAUCAGUGCAGUGAGGUUCGAUGUAGAUACGUUAAUGUCAAAACCUGAGCAGGACCAAAACAUGACUGAAUUGAUACAUGCUGCUGCUUUUAAGGAUAAGACAUAUGGAUUACCAGCAAUAAUGCCUCUGGAAAACAUAAAAAGUGUAACGAAGGAACUGAUCUAUACAUAUAUGAAAAACUACUACACACCAUCUAGAAUGGUAUUGUGUGGUGUUGGUGUCGAUCACCAAACUACUGUAAAAGCAGCUGAAAAAUACUUCCAGGAUAUGCCACCAAUCUGGGAAGUAGAAAGGAAUCUUACAUUGGAAGGGAGCAAAUACGCUGCACAGGAGAUUACCCCAGAAUAUAUUGGUGGUCUAGCUUGGGACUGCUGUGAAAUACCAACAUAUGCUAAUGCGGAUCUUCCUCAGUUAGCACAUGUGGUCAUUGCUCUCAAUGCAUUCCCAUAUGCAGAUCCAGAUUUCAUUUCACUGUGUGUUUUAAAUUUGAUGAUGGGUGGAGGCAACUCGUUCAGUGCUGGUGGCCCUGGAAAGGGAAUGUAUUCUCGGCUGUACAUAAAUGCUCUUAAUAGGCAUCACUGGAUGUUUUCGUGUUCUGCAUUUAAUCACUCAUACACCUCUUGCGGCUUGUUUGGAAUCCAUGCCAGUUCACCACCAGAUUAUUUAUCAAGACUGAUUUCAAUUAUUGUUAAAGAGCUUUGUGCAGUGGCUGUUGAUGAUAUUAGACACCCUUUAAAGCGGGCAAAGGCCCAGUUGAGGUCACUGUAUUUAAUGAAUCUAGAAUCAAGACCAAUGGUAUUUGAAGAUGUGGCAAGACAAGUCAUUGCCCUAGGUUCGUGGAAGGACCGUGCUUAUUUCAUCAGAGAAAUGGAUAAAGUGACAGCACAUGACGUACAACGUGUAGCAAGGCGCCUACUUGCUUCACAGCCAUCAGUCGCAGCUCGUGGUGAAAUUGCAGGAAUGCCUUCGUAUGAUGCAAUUUGUCAAAAAUUUAGAAGCUCUUUGAACUGAAGCAAUUUAUUUUGAACAUGAACAACAAACAUAAAUUAUUUCGCCUAAAAUGGAGCCAAAUUUUUGUAAACUGCGUUACUGUAUUGCAUUGUUUUAAUAUAUUGAAUGUAAGUUACCAGAAGGGUUAAUGUGUGUGUGUGUGUGUGUGAGUGUUUUCCAGCACACCUGUAAGUCACACCUUAUGGUGAAACUACAGGGCUGACUUCCAUCAAAAAUAAAAACUCGAGCUAUUUAUUCACAGUCAUGAUUUAUGUACAGUUACGAUAAAUAACAUCAAGUGAUAUUAUAAGGCACCAAGUUUAUAUUUAUAAUUAGUCACUUUAUUGUAUUUGUGUAAUUAUGUUGGAGAGCACAGUGUUUACUGUAAAAAAAGUAAAAUCAAAGAUACAAUAUCAA